CUAGGCGAAUAAGCCUUCAGUCGCUUGGUCCUGAAAAAAGACUACGCUUUAACAUUCCUUUUCAUUUCCUUUUCUAUUUAAAAAUUCGAAUAUGCAUGUGAAACUUUUACUUGUCGCAAUGUUGUUCGCGUUCGUGGCGUGGAAACCAGCAGAAAGUGCCACUGCCGAACAAAUGGACAAAAUGGCAAGGAGUCUGCGCAGGUCUUGUUUGCAAAAAAUCGAUAUAUCAGAAGAUAAAGUGGAGGGCAUGCGAAGAGGUGAAUUUCCAGAGGAUCCAAAUCUUAAGUGCUAUACGAAUUGCAUUAUGAAAUUAAUUCGAACCUUUAAAAAUGGCAAUAUCGAUUUUGCUAUGGUGAUCAAACAAGUAGAACUUUCGAUGGCAGCGGAAGAAGCAGCCAUAAUGAAGGAAGCCAUACUGAAAUGUAGUCAUAUGGAAUACACCGGUGAUGAAUGCCAGAAAUCAUACACGUUCGUAAAAUGCACCUACGACACGAAUCCGGAAAAGUUUUUCUUUCCUUAACAAACGACAUUCACGACAAACUGCACCAUCUUUCGAAGAGGCGCCGUGCAAAUUUAUCAAACUGCAAACCCACGAUCGCGAGAUCGAUAGAAGGAGCGAUCCACCGAUAACGUGUACGAAUGCUUUACUUAUUUUGAGCUGUAAUUUUCUUAAAUUUAGUACGACGUUAUAUAAUAUGAUCGUAAAUUUUGAAAAAUAUUUUAGGUUGACAUUAAUUUUCCAAUGAAAAUAAUGUUAGUGAUUUACGUUACUGUGUUAUUAUAUAUAUUAUAUAUUUCUUAUAUUGUUAGAUCAUAGAGAAUGAAAUGUCCGAUUUUAGAUGAUUUAUACUUACGCUGAAUCCUAAGAAAAGGAUACGUUUAUAUAUCCUUUUCAUAUGUACGUAAAUGUUAAAAAUGCGUAAACGAGAAAAUCAACCGUCUGAAAGAUAAAGAUAUUUGUCGAAGGUGAUAAAAUUCGAUAUUUUAUACGUUACGAUCUAAUAUCGUAUUGUAUCAAACAUUCGCAAUAAAAUAGCGUGCAAGUAUAACAUAGCAAUUAUUAAUCUCCCGAUUUCAAGUUAGAGUAAGAUUCAAAUAAAUUAUGCGAGAAGGUUUCUAUCCAAAAAAUUCGCUCUCUUCUCGGGAAAUUUUUAACCAUUUUAGCGCCAGGCCUAGAAUCCUUUUAAGAAUCCGUAUCGGAUCGUGCCAUGCAGCGCGAUAGCGCUUCGUUCAUUUAUUUGCGAGAAAUGCCGAUCGACGCGAUCGCGCUGCUCUUUUUUUCGUUUAUGCAGGUGGUUUAUGAUUAUUUGAAACAAAAAAAAAAAAGUAAUUACGAGAGGAAACUCUGAUAUGACUCGCGACGGGCUGCAUUUGAAACCGAGCGCGUUGCGAAUUGACGAUCGUGACCAAACAUCGCGAUACAAUUCACAGUAGAGCGAACAGCGUGAUCGCGCUGCGUGGCGCUAAAACGGUUAAACAGCAUUGUAGUGACUCACUGUUACUAAUAAGACGCGAUUAUAUGCGUAAAAUUUGAAACCAAUCUGAAAUCGAUAAUGCAUAAUAAUCACAGAUACUUAUAUACGUGAAUUUCGUUAAUAAAUUAACACUUUACCGACCGCUAGCGAUUCAACACCAUACGCACGUCCGACCGGCAUCUCAGGCGCAGAUUCUCCCAUUCUUUUUGUUCAUCGCGAACGGUACGUUUUCCAUUUCAAUUGGUAUAAAACUGUGGAAGCUUACAAAGCAAGGCAACUGAGCAAGGUACCUUAGUACUAAAUAAUAAAUUACUGCUCAAAUAAUGAGAAAGAUUGUCGGCGGCAAAAACCCGAUUAACCGGCUAUCGGUCGGUAAAGUGUUAAUUGAGCAGGAGAGUCCUCGUACAAAGCUGGAAAAGAAAAAUUAGAAGCAAAGAACACAAAAUCAGAGAAAAAAGGAAGUAACUCGCUAAAAGAGGUACUCUCAGGACAUAAUCCAGCAUCGUCAAUGAUAAUACUACGCAUAACGAUUUCAUACUUGCGACGUAAUCCAUUACGUGGCGGAAACACUCUUCCCUUUCCGACGUAGUCUAAGUUUCCGAAGAUGCUACGCGGAAAGUGCAGGUUGCACAUUAAUUAUUAGUCGGCGGGGUAAUUACGGGUCAAGCUUCGUGCAACACCCACAAAAUGCAAAAAUUGUUCCUUCUCCUACUGCGACGAUCAACGCGGACUAUAAAAGAGAGUGUACGAUCGUAUUGCGAAUCCACGUGCGCUAUUUCUUCGUGGUUUGAACCAUCGAGGAGCUGGCGAAGUUGGUUCGAAGCAUCAACGAGGAAGAGGAAGAAGAAUAAAUUUGGAACAAGUCAAACAGGAUGAAGGGGGUCGGCGUUUGCCUGUUGGUCUCGUUGAUGCUUGUCUUGCUGGCGAUCAAAGAUACAGAGAGC